UUGCAAGUGCUUGAUCUAAGUCUCACUGUCAUCUUGCGUCCAGUUGGCCAUAUCCACAACCUUCUCUCCAUAUGGAUGUGCCCAAAGAUUGUUUCCCGGCAAUCGCGCGCCUUCCCAGUGAACUACUCAGCGUUAUCUUCCAACAUCUGGUCGUCGAACUGAACAUGGAUGACUUUUCGCGGCCCGCGGUAAUGACACUGUCCGAAGUCUCAAAGCACUUCCGCGCGGUGGUUCUUGGAACUCCAACGCUGUGGGCAAGUAUACGGUUGCAUAGUUAUAGUGAUCUGCAGCUUCUGGACCUCUUCAUACAUAGAUCCCAAAGCUGUCUGUUGGAUGUUUCGUUGGACUUGACAGCUUUGGAUGUCAUCCCGCGUCCACUUAUUGCUUCUGCCUCGAGGUGGCUCCGAAUAUCCGUUCGCGCAUCGGACUUCAAGGAUAUCUACGUUUCCCUGUUGCCAUAUUCUCACGCGCCUGUUUCUGAACUCAGAGAGUUGCGGUUACUACCGACUUCGUCCUACUGCGACAGUGACGAAGACAAGCUCAACUUCAAUGCCCCCAAACUUCGUUCUCUUGCCAUACACGGGUGCCUGGGAUAUCUCGCACCUCUCCCUGGGCUGACCACUUUGGUCAUAUACCGCUUGGAAUGCAGCUAUCGGGUUUUCUGUGAAUUUAUUCAGUCAUGCGCAGAGCUCUCUACCCUCGUCCUGCAAGAAUCGAUUGCUGGGUGGGAGACACACUCCGGAGAUCGAAAUCCAACACCUAUUACGCUGGAAAAAUUGCGUGUUCUUGCGGUUUCUGAGAGCCGCACACCGGCGGAUGGCAUGGCCCUGCUUGACUAUCUCUGUGUGCCUAAUGUGCAGCUUCUGGAAUUGUCUGGUUCCGGACUGCAAAUUACCUCGCCAAGUAACGGCGAUGAACGAGUCAUGAACAAAUCGUUCCAAGCUCUCUGCACACUGGUUUUACAACAUGUCGACUUCGAAAUCUGCGAUCUUUUUCUGUUCAGGUCACUCUCUACGAUCACGCGGAUGGAGCUCAGCUGUGUCCUGAAUAUGACCAUUUUGACUGCCCCACUAGCGGAAGGCGGUGAUAGCCUUUGGCCGCAUUUGAACACCAUUGUGUGCGAUGUGUCGGAGGAAGACAAUCUUCUCUGGCUUGAUAACCUACGGCAAGCUGAACUGAGGCAACGCGGACACCUGUUCAAAAUUCAAACCAUGGUCGACAGCCCGACAUUUCUGACAGGCGAAAACCCACUGGCAGACCAGGAUUACGAAGACGGUUCGGAAUACGGGUGGGCUGAUCAGGAGUAUGAGAUGUGGGAGGAUGCGGAUCCAGAAUGGAGUGAAGACGACCAGUUUGACUACGACGAUGACUACGAUGACGAGGGCCUAGAUGGGGUAGUGGGAUGGUAUUGA